AAACUCAUUUUACUCUCACAAUUACAAACACUUUGUUACAAUUUAGACCCCACCAGAAAAAAGCGAAAAUGGCAAAAGAGGAAUAUGUAUCAAGAAUGUUGGUUAUGUUAAUAAUGAUAAUGCCACUGGUUGCUCAGGGAUCGAGACUGCAUAGUUGGGCUAAUCGGCUUGAGGAAACAGGGAAGGACAAGGUAACAAACCUUCAGUUCUAUUUCCAUGACACCUUGAGCGGCAAGAAUCCAACCGCAGUUAAGGUGGCUCAGGGCACAGACACCGAAAAAUCCCCGACGCUGUUCGGCGCUGUGUUCAUGGUCGACGACGCUCUCACCGAGACCGCUGAUCCAAAAUCCAAACUCGUUGGACGGGCGCAAGGCCUUUACGGUUCUUCAUGUAAAGAAGAAGUAGGUUUGAUAAUGGCCAUGAGCUUCUGUUUCGAGGACGGUCCUUACAAGGACAGCACCAUAAGCAUGAUCGGGAAGAACUCCGCGAUGAACCCAAUCCGAGAAAUGCCUAUUGUUGGCGGCACGGGAAUGUUCCGGAUGGCUCGUGGCUAUGCUAUUGCCCGGACUAAUUGGUUUGAUCCCAAAACCGGUGAUGCCAUCGUUGGCUAUAACGUUACCAUUAUGCACUAGAAAGGCUUUGUAUCAUAUAAUACGGCGACGUUUUGCAAUGUAUACACGUAACAUUUCACUACUUCUUUUUUUUUUUUUUGUCACAAUAGUGUUUUAUUGAUAUUAUAGAGCCAAAAGUAACAUACCAAUAAUUCAUAAAGACUAAAAUAAACGAGCCCAAAACACAACAACAAUCCAAAAGCCCAAAUGAAUAAACCUAAACUUAAGGAAGAGAACAAAAGAUUGUUGUGCGCCGCAUAGAAAACACGUGUCAGUGGAAAACAUGUUUGAAAUACACGUAGAAACUGGAAGAAAAGGGAGUCGACGUCAGAAGCUUCAAUUCCGGCCGAAACACCAGAAAACUUGUUCAAUUGGCAUAGCUCACUCGUCGCCCAAAGGAUUAAUGGCAAAAUUCUAAUUGUAGCUUGGAUGAGAAUUUGAC